UUUCGAAUGAAAAUUGAAAUUAAAAAAAACAGACAAUAGAAGUUCAGUGUCUCAGUCAGAGUCUCAGUUAUUUAUGAAAAGUGCAUGUGUUAUCAUCUUCUAUAAGUUUUAAAACGAAACUAACUUAUUUUUUGUAUUUUGACACCCAUUUAUUUCCAAAAAUGGAGAAACGAUUCAUGGAUUCCCCUAUAGAUCUUCUCCGGAAUGGCAGAUUACUUCGAGCAAAGGAUCUUGGACUUACUCCUACAGCCAAUUCUUCGUUGGAGUUAAAUCAAAGUUUUCCCAGGCUCACGAGGAAACUGAAAUCAGUUUCCAAAGUACAAUUUAGUAAAGCAUUGUUGAACACUGAAGAUAUGAACAGUGUCAGUUUCAGUACUCAAGCUACACAAAGUUCUUUUCAUCCUGACAAUCAAUCUAAUAUAGAAGAUACUCUAAAUAUUUCACAUAAAUUUUCAUUAGAAGAUGCAGUUUUCAAUCCUAAUCCUCAUAAGGGAGUGUUGACUAUUGACAGCAAAACAUCUCAAAUUAUCAUCACAAACACCAUUGCUUGCAAAAUGUUAGGAUAUUCAUCUGAUGAACUAAUCACAAAGAAAUUUAGAGACCUUGUCAUCAAAGAAAAAUCACAGCUUGCUCUGACAGAUAUGAUCUUUAAUGAAAAAGGAGAGGUUGUCAUCUUUAAUGGAAAAGUGAUUGAGCUGAAGUGCAAGGAUGAUUCGAAAGUUGCGGUCUCUUGUUGGUUAACUAAUACUGAGGAUAGUGCUGGAAACAGUUUAUACAUUGCUGUGAUUGAACCGGUGCAACGAAUAGUGUCCUACCUUUUGUUAGAUGAAUUUGGAUUGAUCAUGUCAGCUGAUGACACAGCAUCUUCCCUUUUCCAUUGCACUGAAGAAAGAUUUGUUGGGCAUAACAUAAUCAAAUGGAUCCCCAAUAUAAUCUGGCCUGCUUCUUCUGAUGAUCUGGAUCAAGAAAAGAAAAUUCAAAAAACCACAGGAUCUAACGAAUCAAAGCAAAGCUUUCCUCUGACACUUCGUUUGGACCAUUAUGAAGGAGACAGCGUCACCAGCCUGUCCGAAACCACUUCACUACUGCCUUCUUAUUCAGCUACAAUUUGGGUUUUCACGAAUCUGAGUGGAAUGUUGCUUGUUACAACAGAAGGUCUUAUAAUUGACUGCAAUUCAAUUUUUGCUCAGCUCGCCUUGGGCUACUCUCGAGAACAACUUAUUGGGAAGGAUCUCGGUGAUGUUUUGCUUAAUUAUUCAAAUGCACAAAGUGGGCACUUUGGCAGUGAAGCCCACCACGAAAAUGGCUCUUUCAUCCCAGUGUCUUACUUUGUCAAUGGACCGAUUGACGGCACGGAUAUAUAUCAAGUUUGGAUGGCAAUAGCUUCCUCAGUAAGCAACUGCAAGUCGACUUUGGAUGCCUCUGAACUGUCGAGCAGGAAUUUUACUGCUAACCAAUCUGAAAGAGAAAUCUCGAAAUCUGAGAAUCACCAUGAAAGUAAAGAAAGCAGCAUUAACAGAGAAGAUAUGUAUGGGGGGGACUACAGUGAAAAUUACCAGUUCAUCAAGCAAAUUGGAAGUGGAGGGUUUGGCUCAGUCCAACUGGCACAUGGAAUAAUCGAUAAUAAAUUGGUCGUGACAAAGUUUAUUAAGAAAUCUACAGUUUAUAGCGACAGUUGGGUUGUAACGGAAGAUGGACAUCGUCUGCCGAACGAAAUUUAUCUCCUUAAUCGCAUUCAGCACCCUUUCAUAGUCAACAUGAUUGAGUUCUUCGAAAAUGAUUCCUAUUUUCAAUUAGUCAUGGAAAAGCAUGGGUUUGGGAUGGACUUGUUUGAGUUCAUCGAAAAAACCAACGGUGUUCCGGAACCCCUGGGAGCCAAUAUCGCGAAGCAGUUAGUAGAUGCCGUUGAUUAUCUACAUUCUAAAGGCAUUCUCCAUCGAGACAUCAAGGAUGAAAAUGUGGUUUUGGACGAUCAGUUCCACGCAAAAUUGAUUGACUUUGGAUCCGCUACUUACAUAUCAGACAAACCUUUCAAAGCAUUUUGUGGUACAUUUGAGUAUUGCAGUCCUGAAGUUUUAAAAGGAAAUCCAUACCGCGGGCCAGAGCUAGAGGUAUGGGCGAUGGGUGUCACAAUUUACGUCCUUAUUUUUGGCCGCAAUCCAUUCGCUGGCAUAGAAGACAUUUUAAAAAGUGCGCUUGAGUUCCCUGAUUCUGCCUCAUCAGAUCUGCGGGACCUCUUAAAUGGCAUGAUGAACCGUUGCGUAGAAGAUCGAUUUAGUGUGUGCGACGCGUUGAAAAGUAAAUGGCUGAAUCAGACAGUAUUUUUAGAUAACUACGAUUUCUACGAUAUUUGUGAUCUCGAAAGAUCGAGAGUAGAAUUUCAAAAUUCGCGCUACAUCAUUGACGAGGGCCCCGUAAUUUCAUUGACAACAUCUACUCCUUAUAGAAAAUCAAAUGUACCUGCGAAAAGAAGCCUUGAUAAUUCUUCCUUUGAUAUUCGUGACGAAAGUGUACAUUUCCAAGCAUCUGAAUUGGUUUUCAACGAUAUAUCUAUAGAUUAAUAAGUAAUACACCGUGCAAAAUUUUCAUUGUCAAA